GCUGGGGCACUUGGUGCUGGGUCAUACAGGGCCACCCACAGCCAGUGCUGCUGAGGCUGGCUCUAGGGUGGAGUAGGUUGGGGGGAGCUUAUUCACACGGGCCCGCGCUCCCUGCUACUCCGAUGCAGCCCCUUCGGGUGGGGGGCGUUAUUCAGGACCGCGCUCUGAGAUGCAGCCGGCUUUGAGGUGGGGCCAACUGGGGAGGUGAUCCGGGGCCGCGGGCCCUUUAAGGACAGGCAGCGCCGAGGACGCUCUAGCCCGGCGUCUCGAUAGUCACGUGGGUGCCGGCGGGGACAUGGGGGUGCUGCCGAGGCUGGUGGUAUUUGACCUGGACUACACCCUGUGGCCCUUCUGGGUAGACACCCACGUCACCCCCCCCUUCCGCCACGCCAGCGCGGGUGUGGUGCUGGACGCAGGGGGCCGCCCCGUGCGCCUCUACCCCGAGGGGGUGGCUGUGCUGGGGCGGGCGGGGGUGCCGGUCGCCGCUGCCUCCCGGACGAGCGAGACACGGGGGGCAGCCCAGCUGCUGGAGCUGUUUGGGCUGCGGCGCUUCCUGCAGCGAGCGGAAAUCUACCCAGGGGCCAAGACCGCUCAUUUCCACAGGCUGCAGCAGGACACCGGGAUCCCCUUCGCCCAGAUGCUGUUCUUCGACGAUGAGCCCCGCAACAUCCAGGAUGUCAGCAACUUGGGUGUCACCUGCGUGCUGGUCCCUGCCGGGAUGACCCUGGCUCUCCUCACCCAUGGCCUGGAGGCCUUCGCCGGGCCCUGCCCCCCCCCCCCACAUGGAGGGGGGCCACAACCCCCAGAUGAUAAAGCCCUGAGACCCCCAUUGCCGUGUGUGCAAGAUAACAGUCUACUGCUGCCGCCUGUGUGGGAUAACAGCCUACUGCUGCGGGGCGGGAGGCGCCAGGGAAGAAGGGGAAGGCGCCAACCCCGCAGGAGGCCAUCCAGCGGCUGCGGGAGACAGAGGAGCUGCUGCUCAAGAAGCAGGAGUUCCUGGAGACCAAGAUCCAGCAAGAGCUGGUGACCGCUCGCAAGCAUGGCACCAAGAACAAGAGGGGGACAUUGACAAGGUGGACGACCUCAUGUCCGAUAUCACGGAGCAGCAGGACAUUGCCCAGCAGAUCUCAGAUGCCAUCUCCAAGCCUGUGGGCUUUGGUGACGACGUGGAUGAG